CGUUGCCAUGGUGCUGGCCUUCGUGCUGCUGUCCCCGGGCGGACCCCCCCCGUAGGCCCCGGGCCGUGCCGCGUGCUGUACGCGCGGUGCUUCGGGCCGCCUCCACAGGGCCGCCUCCUCCGUAAGGAGCAGCUGCUGGCGGUGGCCAGGCAGGUCGCCAGCCAUUGCCACCUGCAGCAAGCGUCCUCCGGCCGCCCCGCAGCUCUGACGCUGCCCGAAGAUCCUGCACCGCUCCACACAGCCCCGGGGGGGCUCUUCCAGCUGCCCCCCGGAGACCCCUUUCCCGGCCGUGUGACAGUGACGUGGCUGGCAGCGACAGCCGUGGCUUUCGCCCUGGUGUGUGAACCCCACGAGAACCUGGCUCUGGCUGAGGUCGCCCUGCGGCUCCUGGCGACGCGGCUCAUGGCCGUCCUGCGGCCGCCUGGACCCGCCGUGCUGCUGCGGCCCGACGCCGCCGACCUCCUCCUAGACCGCCUGCUGCCCCACGGACAGCUCCUCUUCCUCAGCCAGAACUUCCUGCAGGCCCUGGAGCGGGACGGGGCCAGGAGAGCGGCGCGCUGAGCUGUGCGGGGGAGCUUUGUUGGAAAGCACGGACAGCCGUGGUGGUCGCUCAGCCCAGAGCCCCCCGGCCACGAUGGGCACUGCUGCCCGGGGCCCCUGAUGGGGGUUGAGGACAGCCAGGUUGGCUUCCUGCACCCGCUGCCACCGGAUACCUCGCCCAGCCCAAACCUCGCCCACGCCUUGUGCUGAAAGCACCACGUGAGCAACUUGGGGCCUUUUGGGGUUGUUUUUGGUUCACCUCUGGAAAUAAAUUCACACGUGCAGAAACAGCA